UCCCAAGUGCGCCAUGGCCUCAUCCAGUGCUAGUACAACUGUCGGCCGAGCAGCUUCCAAAGAAAGAGAGCUCAGGAUUGAUGAGAUUAACAUUAGUAAUGGGAAUUAUGUACACAAUUACAAGAAGGCUUUCAUGCCUCAGCGGGAGUUGCGUUAUCAAGAAAUUACACAUUCUAUGCCAAGUCAAAAGAUUGAGAUAUUCAAAUACCUAGAGGACUGGGCUGAGCACAACAUUUUGAUUCACUUGAAACCAGUUGACAAGUGUUGGCAGCCUCAAGAUUUUCUUCCUGACUCUCGAACUACUGGCAAUACGGAUGGAUUUCUUGAGCAAGUCAAGGAACUGAGGGAGAGGGCAAAUGAGAUUCCAGAUGAUUACUUUGUUGUUUUGGUCGGAAACAUGAUCACUGAAGACGCCCUUCCGACUUACCAAACGAUGCUUAAUGCAUUGGAUGGAGUUCAAGAUGAAACAGGUUCAAGUCCAAUUUCUUGGGCAGUUUGGAACAGGGCAUGGACUGCUGAAGAGAACAGGCAUGGGGACCUUCUCAAUAAGUAUCUCUAUCUCACUGGACGAGUCGACAUGUCCCAAAUUGAGAGGACCAUUCAGUAUCUGAUUACUUAUGGAAUGGAUCCCGGGGGUGAGAACAACCCUUACUUGGCCUUCAUAUACACUUCAUUCCAGGAAAGGGCUACCGCUAUCUCUCAUGGGAACACUGCCAAACUUGCCAAGGAGCAUGGGGACUUGAAGUUGGCGCAAAUAUGUGGUACAAUAGCCUCCGAUGAGAAGCGCCAUGAAGCAGCCUACACAAAGAUAGUGGCAAAGCUGUUUGAGUUGGAUCCUGAUUUUACAGUCAUUUCUUUAGCUCACAUGAUGAAGAAGCAAAUCACUAUGCCCGCUCACUUGAUGUAUGAUGGUCGUGAUCACCACCUUUUCCACCACUUUUCCAGUGUUGCGCAGCGCCUUGGAGUAUAUACCACCAAUGACUAUGCCGAUAUACUGGAGUUGUUGCUCUCCGUGUGGAAGGUUGAUUCCCUAACCGGACUUUCACCCGAGGGCCGAAAGGCUCAGGAUUAUGUUUGUGGGUUGGCCCCAAGAAUAAGAAAACUGGAGGAAAGAGUUCAAUUAAGGGACAAGCGACCACUCACCUCCGUACCUAUCAGUUGGAUCUUUGGUAGACAAGUGAGGAUCAUCUGACAAGCUAUAUAUAUGUGUGGUUUUUUAAUUAUUAGUACAACACAUAUCUUGGGGAAUAUGAUCCAUCUGUGAUAACAUAUGGACAAGAUUCUAUAAAUAAUUUGAUUCCUAAACUGAGAGUUAGUGCGUCAAGACUUUUGUCACUCUCCUAUAGUCAUGUUCUUGAUCCAGAAGUUAUUCUUAUAUUUCAAAAUAGUGAAAGGUAUCCGUUGGGGCUGAAA